AUGACCCUUGUAACCUUGGGUAUCCUGUCAUGCAUCCCAUCCUUGUGGCACAUCAUCUGGAGCUGUUGCUUGACUAUAUUCGCAUGCACAUGGACUGCAAUUCAUCCCAACAUUCCGGGUAUGUACGAGGGCAGAGUUGCCAAAAUUACUCGUCGUGCAUUAAUCAUGGGGUUCGCAAUGGCUGCCCCAGAACUCGUAGUCAUCUGGGCUUUGAGGCAAUUGUUAGUGCUCGCAAAACUGCAAAGGAAGUUACAGUGUGGAUGGACAAUGACACAUGGAUUCUUCGCCCGGAUGGGCGGAUUCAUGCUCUAUGUCAAUGACGAGCCACGAGGCACUCUUACACCUUAUGAACUUCUGCGAUUUGUUAGUGAGAAAUCUGUGGAGAUGCCUGUCAUAUCUAAGGCAGAGAUAGAAGAUCGAAGUAAAGGUGAUCCACUAUCCAAAGGCAUCGCCGUUCUUCAGUUGGUGUGGUUCGUCUCCCAGCUGAUCGCCCGUUAUGUCCAAAACCUUCCGAUAACCCUGCUCGAAAUCGAUACCCUGGCUAUAGCUGCUCUGACCUGCAUUUCAUAUGGCUUGUGGUGGAAGAAGCCUAAGGAUGUGGGAUGUCCUUAUGCUGUUCAUUGGACGGCAAGAGCAUUGCCAAGCCACUUAACCUAUAAGUAUGCUGUAAAUGUUCUUACCUGA